CAGAGAGGUUUGUUGUGGGUGUAUCAAUACAAGGGACACUUACCUCGAUGGAGAUUGACUCGGAAACGUCUUACUCAAUUAUCUCACAGAGGGACUUCCAGAAGAUUUUGCCUGCUGCCCGUCCCCGUCUACGUGCGCUUAAAGUGUCUUUACGUGACGUGCAGGGGCGCCAUAUUCCGGUAUUGGGAAUUGGCACGUUUCAUGUAAAAUUCAAGGGUCGUUCCGCACAGCUGCCUUUGGUCGUCGUGAAGCAGGGUUGGAAUAAUUUGUUGGGGGUCCAGUGGUUUGAGCCACUGGGAAUUGCCUUUACAGGCAUCCGCCUCGAGACUGAUCCUAUCCAAGACAUUUGUGAGAAAUAUAGGGAAGUGUUCCAGCCAGGAUUGGGAACCUAUACGGGACAACCUAUUGCCUUCAACUUGGAUCCAGGGGUACAGCCCGUCAGAUUAAAGCCUCGGCGGGUUCCGUUUGCGUUGAAGGACAAAAUAGAGGAGGAACUGGACAGAUUGGUCGCCCAAGGGGUUUUGGAACCGAUUGACUCCGCCCCUUGGGAGACACCGAUAGUGACGGUGUUGAAGGCUAAGGGGGACAUUCGAAUAUGUGCAGACUACAAAUGUACUAUUAAUAAGGCGAUUCGUGCAAAUGCUUAUCCAGUUCCAGUCGUAAGUCAUUUGUUGGCCUCCUUGCAUGGAGGCAAAUGUUUUGCUAAACUGGACUUGGCUCAGGCUUAUCAGCAAUUGCCAGGUACAUCUGAGGCAGCGCUAUGCCAAGCUAUAGUUACUCAUAAGGGAGCGUUCUGGGUAAAUCGGUUGCAAUUUGGGGUGAAUGCUGCUCCUGGCAUUUUUCAAGCGCUAGUUGAACGCAUUUUGAAGGGAAUUAAUGGGGUGCUGCCAUAUUUUGAUGAUGUUCUCAUUUCAGCAGAAAAUAAGAGGGAACUGGCUGGAAAGUUGGGGGAAGUGUUGCAAAGGUUUCAGGAUGCGGGGUUGCGAGUAAAAAAAGAGAAAUGUGUUUUGCAUACUGAGGAGGUGGAGUUUUGGGGUUUCAGGGUCACUUCUGAGGGGAUUAGACCUUCUGAGUCCAAAGUUCGAGCUAUUUGGGGGCCCCCACGCCCCACCUCAAAAACGGAACUGCAGGCGUUUGGGGGGUUGCUUAAUUUCUAUCACGCAUUUUUACCACAGAAAGCAGCAUGGGCUGAACCGCUGCAUCACUUACUCAAGAAACAAACGGUGUGGCAUUGGGGACCCCGUCAGGAGGAGGCGUUUAAAAGGGUAAAAAGUUUACUAACGUCAGAAGCUAUCCUGACUCAUUUCGACCCUAGGAAACCCAUACUGUUAGUAUGCGAUGCUUCCCCAGUAGGUGUCGGGGCUGUGUUGUGCCAUGAUUUGGGAAACGGGUUAGAGGCGCCAAUUGCUUUUUACUCCAGGUCAUUGACCAAGACUGAAAGGAACUAUGCACAGAUAGACCGGGAAGCGUUGGUGAUUAUUGCAGGGACAAAGAAGUUCCAUGACUUCAUCUAUGGGCGGAAAUUUACCAUAGUGUCAGAUCAUAAACCCCUCCUGGGCAUUUUUGUGCCAGGGAAACAGACCCCCCAAAUUCUGUCACCCCGAAUGUUACACUGGGCGAUGUUUUUGCAGGCGUAUGAUUUUAGUUUGAUCCAUCGUCCUGGGGCAGCUAUCAGUCAUGCGGAUGCAUUAUCUAGAUCCCCCAUCCCUCGUGAGGAACCGGAAGAGGCCGGGCAUCAAGUUCUGUUGAUAGAGGCACUACCCAGCCCUCCUGUUACGGCGGGGGAGAUCGCCAGAGAAACAGGCAGGGACCCGAUGUUGACCAGGGUGCGGGGUUGGGUGCAGAAGGGAUGGCCGGUCAAGCCCCCAUCAGAUAAGUUUAGGGUUUUCCAUCAAAAAAGGGAUGAGCUCUCUUUAGAGCGUGGUUGUUUACUAUGGGGUCAGCGAGUUGUGAUACCGGAGGUUCUAAGGAAGAGAGUCUUGCAGGUUUUACAUAUUAGCCAUCCGGGAAUUGUGAAAUCUAAGGCACUGGCACAGAGCUAUUUUUGGUGGCCCAGGUUGGAUUUAGAUUUUGAAAAAUGGGUAGGGAGUUGUGUGGAUUGUCAGGCAUCGAGGCCAGAGGAGCCGCAACUGCCACAUAGGGAGUGGGAUACUGCAAGAGGACCAUGGUCCAGGAUCCAUGUGGAUUUUGCAGGCCCAUUCAAAGGAACAAUGUUUUUGCUGGCUGUUGAUGCAUAUUCUAAAUGGCUAGAAGUCUUUCCAGUCGCUGGCACAACUUCUACUAUCACCAUAAGAAAGUUAAGGCAACUAUUUAGUACUUUUGGGUUGCCGGAUGUGUUGGUCACGGACAAUGCUUCUACAUUUACGUCUGCUCAGUUCCAGGAUUUUUUGGACAGGAAUGCAAUCCGGCAUGUAACUUCGGCCCCUUUUCAUCCAGCGACGAAUGGGCAGGUAGAAAGCCUAGUAAGAACUACAAAGGAAGCGCUUAGGCGCAUGGGGCCAGGGGAUUUAGAACUACAUCUGUGCCAAUUCCUCCUAACUUAUAGGGUUACGCCCUUGGUGUCAGGUCAGUCACCGGCAGAGGUGCUCAUGCGGAGAAAGCCAGUCACCGUAUUGGAUAAAUUAGAUCCAGGGCGUAUGGAAGAUAGAGGUACAAACAUCGGGGUGGCAUCGCCUAAGAGUUUUGUAGUGGGCCAGCCGGUCUACUGCAGGAACUAUGCCUCUGGUCCCGCCUGGACUAAGGGUAAUAUAAUGGACCAGACUGGCCCUGUUUCAUAUAGAGUACAAACAGAACUUGGGCAGGUCUGGAGGUGUCAUGCCGAGCAAUUGCGGCAUCGGGUGACCAAUGGAGAUGGUGGACAAGAAAGUGGGCAGGUUAGUAAGCCAGAGGGUGACAAAGAACAGGUGGUUGACCUAGAGGAAUCACACGAACUAGAGCAACUAACUGAGGAGCAAUCCAAGGCUGUUGAUUCAGCUAGUCAGGAGCCUGUGGCAGCUCCAGCAACAGAGCCAAGCUCGGAGAGGGUUGUUAACACUCCCCGGCAGUCCAAAAGAGAGCGUGGGCCCCCGAGGUAUUGGAAGGAUUAUGUCGCUAUCUAAGGGGGAAGGGAUGUUAUGUCCAAGCGAGUAAAUAUCGCGAGACCAUUUUAUUAGGAUAAUUACGGUACUAACGGUUUCGGUGCCAUAAUUGGUUUCAGCUGUAUUAAAUGUUAUUUUAUUGUAUAAUUUUAACUAUGGGCUAAUUGUUAGAGAGCCCACCCUUUGUAAUGGUCGGCAGCUGGUUCCAGAGAGUAUAUAUUUGGAGCUGGCUGAGAGCUAGCAGUGUCGUGUGGAGUCUUGAACAAGAAAGCUGAAAAUAAAGUCACUGAAGA